GCUUUUGCUGAAAAGUCAAAGUGGGCAGACACCCAUUAGGGGAAUUCUCCUCCAAAUCUCGCAAUUCCUCCCGCAAGAGUUACGCGCCAAGCUCAAAGAUUUCUCCUUUGUGGGCAGUUUGAGUUUGGAAGCUCCGAUCUUUGUCCGCAGUAAUGGAGUCCUCGGCGACUGCGACGCCGGUGUCCCAGCUCUCAUGCUUCUCUUCAAUCAACCGCCAGCUUCAGAUUCAAAGGCGAUCUCUGGUCUCCUUCCCACAUUAUCGGUCGAGGAUGCAGAUCACGAUGAGGCUUGAAGGAGCUGGCACCGAGACCUUUAGUUCAGAAAGUACACGACCUUCAAGUUACUCGGCUUCUGAUUCGACAAUUAUAUCUUCAUCUACAGAAGGCACGGUUCCUGGCCCCAGUGAGCCUGCCAUUCAGCAGACACGGGCCGCCAAAAUUCAUGAUUUCUGUCUUGGAAUCCCAUUCGGUGGUCUAGUACUAGGUGGCGGGAUCAUCGGUUUUCUUCUAUCUGGAAAUGCUAAAGCCUUAGGGAGUGGUGUGCUUUAUGGAGGUGCUUUACUAGCCCUCAGCAUACUAAGCUUAAAAAUAUGGAGGAAAGGAAAAUCGAGCUUGCCAUUCAUACUAGGACAAGCAGCCCUUUCAGCAGCCCUUCUCUGGAAGAACUUGCAGAUCUACACUCUGACGAAAAAGGUUCUUCCAGCAGGCCUCAAUAUUGUCAUCAGUGCUGCAAUGCUGUGCUUCUAUUCAUACGUUGUCAUCUCGGGAGGAAAUCCCCCGCCAAAGAAGUUGAAGUCUGCUGCUGUUGUUUCAUCAUGAUGUGAAUCCUUCCGUGUCAGAAUAUUAUCUAAAGAUCAUUGGAUUCAAAGUUAGGCUGAACAACCGAGGAGAAGAAUUUUUUUACUCGUCUCGAUACAGGUAAGAGCGAAGAAUAAAACAAGAAUGUAGAAGAACUCCACUCGUAAUCUCAGAUAUCGCAUCCUUUGUCUCUGCGCGAGCAAUUUGCCAAGUACCUCAGUUGAUCGACUCCACCUCUGGAGGAAUAUAUAUUUUUAAAUAUAUAAUUUUAAUGUUACUUUGCAUA